AUGGUGUGGGCCGGAGUCUUGUGGAACGGUAAGACGGAGCUGCUGUUCGUGGAGCCUGGGUUGAAGACUAAUGCCGAGUACUACGUCCAGCAGCUCAGAGAAGACUUUGUGCUACAACAGGACUGGGCACCGGCCCACGCAUCUAGGAAAACUCUCGCCUUUUUGGAUUCAGUGAGCGUCGAAUAUCAUAAGACAGAAUAUCCGAGUGCAUCUCUUGAUCUCAACCCGCUUGAUUACAGGGUGUGGGAUGAACUCAACAGGAUUGUCUGCGAUGGUCAAGAAGUUGCCGAUCUCGCCGACCUCAGACGACGCAUCAAAAUUGCGUUGCAAAAACUUUCGAUUUCGUUCGUGCGGAAGGCCAUUGAGGAAUUCCGUGAUCGAGCACAAUGUGUUGUUGAUUCUGCGAGUGAUAAUAUUCAGUCACAAUUUGAUAAAGUUUGUUUACAUUGGUGGUACAAGCCGAGCAGUGAAAGUGUCUCUUUUUUUUGGGCACCCCUGUACACACUCUUACAAGACUCACUAAAAGAUCGCGAGAGUAAAAAAUGGCGUUAUGUCUGA